AUGGUGGGGAAGUUAGUACAUAAGUUUUUGAACUAUGGAAAAAGCAAUAAAGAAUCCUUGGCUCAGCUCUUUGUUACUUUACUAAUCAAGUUAUCAUCUAUUGAAAAGCUUUGGCCCAAAGGUAUCUGUGCGAGCACAUUUGAAGGAUCCUGGAUAUCUAAAACAUGGGAUUCAAAAGUUGGCUGUAUUAGUGUUGAGGAUUUCACAGAUCGGUCUCAAAAUGUAGCAAGGGCAGUAGGCAAAGAAGAAGUAAAGAAGAUCUACAAGUGCAUUAAACUUUCUAUGUCGUAUGUUUUUGCCUUCAUGGAUGGCCAGGUUCAAGGAUCCAGGUUAAGGGAAGUUUUGUUUGGCAAGGGUGCUAUAACUACUACAUUGGGUACACCUACUACAAAUUUUGUUAAAAAUGAAACACAGCCUUGCAUUGAAUCUGUCCAGACAAAACGGAGGCUAACUACAGAAGGUUGGGGAGGAACACAGCAAACAUUGCCUUCUGACCCUAUCUUAACAAAAAGGAUGCGAUCUAUGAGAAGUUGGGGAGGACAACCCAGAGAUGGUUGGGGUGGAGCACCCAGAGAUGGUUGGGGAGGAGCACAGGAAGAUAUGCCUUUUGGUCCUAUCUUGACAAAAAUGCCGCAAGCUACUGAAGGAUGGGGAGGAGCACCUACUGAUAGUUGGGCAGGAGCUCCUAUAUAUGGUUGGGGAGGAAGACAGCAACCAAUUGCCCUUGGUCCUAUCCAGACAACACAGAUUCAAUCUACAGUAGGCUGGAGUGGAGCACAGCAAGCUUUUUCCUUAGAUCCUAUCCAGCCAGAACAGAUGCGUUUUCAACAAGGUUGGGGAAGGAUGUAA